AUGCAUUACAAUCCUUUGGCAGGUCAGUUGAUCUACAUCCAGGAGACCAUGGACACAAGCAACUUUGACUGGCCAGCUGCGAAUCGCAUGGUGGAGACAUCUCGCUGCAGGGGUACUUUGAUCUUCUUUAUUUGUGCUGGAGUCCUGUCACUUGUCUCUAUUCUUCGGUUGCUGCAGUAUGUCGAUGUGCGCUGUGGCACAGUUCCACCACAGGACUGUCAGAGGAUCCUCCCAGGUUUGGCGUGGAGAUCCAUGGCAGUCUUUCUUCUGACGGAAGCGGGGGCAGCUGUGUCGUUGUUGGCCUUCUGCUUUUGGCAGCAGGACUUCUCAAAUUCAUUUGAGAAGCAGAAGCAAAGUGCCAGUGAUUUGGGUUUCCUAUCUACUGCUGUGGCCUCAUCUGCUUCCGCGGCCUUUUGUAUGAGAGUUGUGCUCUGCUGGAUUGGGCCCGUGAUGAUCAACUUCAGCCUCUCCAGCAGUGCUGUCCUGUCGGCAGCUUCAGUGUGGAAGGCGCGUGGGGCCAUCAAUCCAAGUCUCAACUCCUGGAUCCUGGGAAUGUUGCUGAUUCAGCAAACGACCAUUUUGAUUCUGAGCAUAGCUUACUUCCAUUCCGGCUAUGCUUCAGCAGCAUUGCUGUGGUCACUCAUUGUUGCUACUGGAUUCGAACUUUGUCUUUUAGAGAUGUCAGAUAGGUAUGAUAUGUAA